AUGUCUCCUGACGCGGAGUCAGUGUCUUCUUCUUCGUCUUCCAGCUCAGAUGAAUCCGGCGCUCCUCCACCUCCGCCUUCGUCUGUGGGUUCGUCGGGUGGCGCUUUGAGGGUGUCCUAUACUUCCAGAAAGUCUCGUCACUGCACCCUGUGCAAUGCCAAGUCCACUGACCAGUCACCUCUGGAUUAUUCGGAGGAAAUUUUUCCAGAAGUGCAGGGAAGAAUCCCGUGGAGAUCUUACGAGAAGGUCAAAAUGGAUGACGGAGAGCAAGUUCGUGUGCCCUCUGGAAAGCUUUGCUUGAUUUGCUUCAACGUCUACAGAGCCCUCGGUUUGCAGGCCACGUACAAGAAAGUUGAAGACUACUUCAACUGGGUCUCCGUGAGAAAAAAUCAGGCCGAGCACGUUUCGUUCCUAAAUGCGAGAAAGGAUUGGAUCAAGCAGCACAAUGAAGGAGGACCCGACUGCAAGAGAUUGCAGAGCAAGAAGUCCCUUCUUGAAGCCAAGAAGACCCUCAACGUUGUGCGCAACGUGGGCGGUCGGUUUAUCGCUCCCAAGAAGAAGUUUGUGGAGAAGGACAAUUGGAAUGAAAAAGAGCACGGAGUCUUGGACCCAAACAAGGUCGUGACCGAACAUAUUUUCGGCAAAGAAAUUCAGGGCUGCUGGAUCUUGAAAGGGAAGAAAGGUGAAUACGAUUUUGAAGAGUACCAAGACACCGCUCUGCAAGAAAAAGAGCAAUUGCACAAUUCAGCAGAUGCUCCCUUUUCUGAAGAAGCUUUGGGCCGCAAACGCAAAGCCAUGAUGGACGAGUUCGUGGAAAGCCCCACUACGAGAGACAAGGCCAGUGUGGAAGGCCAAGAAUUGUCCAUGCAAGGUUUGCUUGCAGCCAUCCAAAUGGGACAUGAUCCAUCUUCUGGUUCCACUGGUGAGGCGGUUUCCACCGUUUCCGCCUCCGGCGAGGUUCAAAGCCAUGAAGCAGAAGAGGAGUCCACCAGCGACUGCGCGUCAGAAGAGGAAGAGGCCCGCCCAAGCCUUUCGUUCGCCCCCCGACCGCCGAAGGCCAAAGCCCAUGGCAAGCCUGCGGCGAAGCCUCAGGCUAAAGGAAGCACGCAGCCGUCGAAAGCUCCAAGUUCUUCUGUCGUGCCUGUCCCUGCACCCAGUGCGCCAGCCGCCAAGAAGACCACCAAGACAGAGCCUGCUCCCAGCAAAGUUCCCAGCAAAGGGACAAAAGCUUUGCAACAAAGCGGCAGCGACCAAAGCUUAGAGAGCGCAGCGACGCUGCUUGCAGACGGUCGGGCCCAGAGGGCCUUGAAGAAUUUGCAGGAGAGUGUUGCCAAAUGGAAGUCCCAGCUGGCAGACAUUCGGGUCGACGAUGCGCCUCCUGCGCCUGAUGCCCAGGCUCAGACCAAAUUUAAGCAAGCGUGCAUAGACAGAGCCAAUGUUGCCAAGGCCUUGGCCCGGCAAGCCCGAGACUAUGGCAAGCGCAUGGACAAGAGUUCCAACAAGGACAAUUUCUUAGGGGAGCUCGAGGAACUGCAAAAGGUGGAGUUUGCUGCUGUGGCUGUCCAGGCCUUGUUUCAGAUAGCUGGUGCGCAGAAUUCAGCUCCAACUGCUGUUGUCAAAGCCUUUGAGGAUGCCAGCGAGCAUGUUGAUCUCUUAGGCUGCAACGCUCUCGGAGCAGGUUUCCAACGCAAGUACGCUUUUGCAAAGGCGGGCUCGCAUUGUUUGUACCAGGAGUACGAAAAGUAUUGCGCCGCCUUCUUGGGGUCUUCUGAGUUGAUGAUGGGCCUUGCCGAGAACAUUGGCCAAGAUAGUCUGCAGAACCACGUCAUGGCAGAAAUGGAAGGCCGCCUCACUUUGGCUUUGAGGACCAUUAAGCCAACCGACGUCCAAGCUGUUGUCAAUGGUCUUGAGGAGCCCUCCAAUCUUCAAGAGUGCGCUGAUCUGUGCAAAGCGGUCAUGGACGUCGGUCAGAAACAUGGCUCUGACUUUUUGACCGAAGCAGUUGCCACUGAACAUCUCAAGACCUUGCAAGGAGAAGUGUCCAAAUUGCAAUCAGUGUGCUACGCAGGCUCAGUUGCCGGUGUCCAACUCAUUUCUGCCGAUUUGGAACCAGUAGACAAGCUUAUUGGUGAUUGCCAGAAAAGCAUCGCAUGUCUGAAGAGCGGCAAGGACACCAAAGGCAAGAACGCAAAACAUGAGAAGGCAGACGCAGCAGAGAGCAAACAACGACAUCGAGCGCAUGAUCGCCUGGUGGAAGCUUUGAAUGAAUACAAGGCCUCUUUCGCAGAGCGGGCGCGGGAACUUUUGCUGCAGGAGUUGAAAGCAAACCUUUCUGAGCAGCGUCAUCUCUGCAAUGCUUUGGACAGUGACUGCAUGGUCACAGAAGAAGGCACUGGACAAAAAGCGCAGCUGAUCGAUUUGGAAGAGAUCUGGCCAUGCUUGAAGCACACAGCCGUCAUUGCCCAUUCGUUUUGGGCUACUUCGACGGCCUCUGGUCAAGUUAGCAAGGUGCUGCAGGAUUACGAAAGCUUGUCAGUUCAAUUGUGUUCCAUGGCCAAGUUUGUCUUUUUCCAAAGCCCGAAGUUCAAGGGAAAUGCAAAGCAGCAAGUGGAUGUUAGCGCUACGGAUCUGAAAAGCUGGGUGGAAAAGCUUCCAGAAAAGUUGCUUGAAUGGGUUGGCGCUGAUUUGACCACCUCUAUGAGAGUCACAUUCUUGUCUGUUUGUGAAGAACACCAGCGCUCAUUGUUUUCAGCAGGAUUAGAUGCCGUCGCUGACGUGGUUAAGAAAUGCGUUGGUGGACCGCUGCCUGCGUGUGAUAAUCUCCUGCAGCAGCAGCUGCUGAUGAAAAUUCCGAAAGCGCAUAGCCUCAAGCCUGUCGUCACAGCGUUUCUCAAGGUUGUGGGCCAUGAAGGAGGCACCGAUGACAAGCACAAGGAGGUGGUGGACCUGCAUUCAACAGGCAAUCUUCUUUGUGAUGCUUUCGGUUUGCAACCGAAUGAGGCGGAUUUUGAGAAGAGCUGCUUGAAGGAUGCGGUUCCUUGGCUGGAGGGUGUUGCUAAAAAGCUUGCAAGAUAUUUUCUUCAGAAGUUCGAAGACGCGACCGCCAAGUUGAACGCCGGUGUGAAGAAGGUGAUUGCAAUCAAGAUGCCGAGCUUGGACAUGGAGGACGAGUACCGGAAGCAGGGCGUGAGAGUUGUGGGUACCCUUGCUCAGCUCACGGCUGCGGUAGAGGACGACAUCAAGACUUUAAGGGAUGUGCGACAAGCCCUGUCCAACCUGAAAGGCGUCAAGUUCGCUCCGCAAGGGAAACCUCCAGCUGUGGAAGAGAUAUGCGCUUUCCAAGCAAGGUUUCAGGAUCCUUUUGCUCCGGCAACUUACGAGCUUGAUGCUGGCAAGCAUGCAAAAGAAGCAUCCUUCCAUGUGGCCGCAGUCGCAGACGUUGCUGUUACUUUGCGGGGCAAACUGGAGCUCGUGGCAGAAGAUUCUGCGGAUCUCAAGACAGCCGGCAAGCGAUUGCUCGAGGAGUGUGAGAAGUACGGAAAAGUCUCGCCAAGGGCAGCGAAAGCCAAGGCGGCGACAGAGACUAGCCACAGCUCGGCAUCCAAGAAGUCGCGAGUCGCUGAGGCACAGGAUGCCGGCAAGAACGUCAACAAGGAGGAAGCGUCCAAGAAUGCGACAGACACUCAGAGCACACCGCCGCCAGAGAAGGCAGCUGCAAUGGAUUCUAUCCCAGUUGCAGAAGAAGGCGCUGAGAACCCGGAGAAGAAGCCGGAGGAGACAAAAGAAAGCAACAUAGAAAAGGACAAAAAGGAGAAGGAAGAGAAAAAGGAGAAAAAGGAGAAACAGGAAAAAAAGGAGAAGAAGGACAAGAAGGACAAAAAGGAAAAGAAAGAAAAGAAGGAAAAGAAAGAAAAGAAAGAAAAGAAAGCAAAACGCGACAAGAAAGACAAAAAGGAAGGAGACAAGAGUGGCAAAAGGAAAGGGAACAAGGAAGAGAGCCUCCAAGCAGGAAAGGCAAAGACGGCAAACAAGAAGGGAAAACCGCUGGCGGUCAGCCCCAAGAAGAAGCCUUUCGCAGCGCGGCAGGCUCAGAAGAUGAGCCCUUCGAGCAAGGCAGAUGAAGGGCGUGGCCGUGGGCGUGGGAAGGGCCGCGGCCGAGGCCGAAGUCGAGCGACAGGCCAAGCAGAGGACGUGGAGUAG